AUGGACUGGGGAGCCCUACAAGCCAUCUUAGGAGGGGUCAACAGACACUCCACCAGCAUUGGGAAAAUCUGGCUCACUGUCCUGUUUAUUUUCUGUGUCAUGAUUCUUGUAGUUGCAGCAGAAAAGGUCUGGGGAGACGAACAGCAAGAUUUCACUUGUAAUAUCAAACAACCUGGAUGUGAAAAUGUCUGCUAUGAUGAGCAUUUCCCGAUUUCUCACAUUAGACUUUGGGCUCUCCAACUUAUCUUUGUCUCUACUCCUGCUCUGUUGGUGGCCAUGCAUGUGGCAUACAGAAGACAUAAGGAAAAAAAGGAAUGCAGGAAGAUGGACAUCGUAGAUCGCAAAACACAAAGGUUUCAUAUCGAGGGUCCCCUGUGGUGGACAUACACUACUAGCAUUUUUUUCCGAAUUAUCUUUGAGGUAGCCUUCACGUACAUAUUUUACUACAUAUACAGAGGAUAUCAAAUGCCUCGGCUAGUGAAAUGCACUGAUUUUCCUUGCCCAAAUACAGUUGACUGUUUUAUUUCCAGACCCACUGAAAAAACUGUAUUUACUGUUUUCAUGCUUGCGGCUUCAGGCAUUUGUAUGUUUUUAAAUCUGCUUGAAUUAUCUUAUUUAGUGAUAAAGUUUUGCAUGAAGAAGUCAAGGGGUGUAAAUUCACUGCCUAAUCAUUAG